GAUGAGGGAAGCAACAGUCGACAAACAGGUACAAGCAAACCGGCGAGCACAUUUGGAGAGAGAAAGAUCCUGAAGGAAAAGGACGACGGCUGGAACGCGGGCUGCCUCGUGAGAACAUUUCACACGUUUUGGAAAGAUCGAACCGAAGCGGACGACAAAGAGUGAGGAGGAGAAAAAGGGGAACAACAGACAGAGAGAAAAAGACACGGCACAGUGGCAAAGAGAGGGAGAGAGAGAAAGAGAGAGAGAGAGAGAGAGAGCUCCGGACAGCAGUAAAAGUGAGGGAGGUUGUGGUUUCAGGCUGAGUGCAUCAGAUUUAUGAGUGCGGGAUGGAGUUCCACUCCGCGCCGAGCCGACGCAGCCUGACCUGCUGAGGACACUCGACUUGAACAGCCGACCCGACGUGACGCGACGCGACGCCAGUCGGCCACCGGACUGGACAAAACCCCGGGGAUCCUACGCUUGGUCGUUCGUUUGACGUCACUCAAGAUGAACUUGCUCUUGGCUUAGAGUGUGUGAUUCGCUCAUCGUGGAUGUGUCUGUGUCUGUGUGUGUGUACGUGUGUGUCUGUGUCACCUCAAACUUCAUCUUUGUGAGUUUCAUUGGGCAUUGGCAUUGAGUUGGAGUGACCACAGACCAUAGACUCUUCUUUGACUGGGUCGUGAUCUUCUUUGACUGGGUCGGGAUCUUCUUUGACUGGGUCGGGAUCUUCUUUGACUGGGUCGGGAUCUUCUUUGACUGGGUUGUGAUCUCUCUCAGGGAUACAGGUCACACGCACAUUGCAUUUCCACAAGCCUUUGGACUUGGUCAGGGAGGAGGUCGAACAGUGCAAUGGUCAUCUGCUUCUGUUUGAAUUUUCACUGUGUAUUUUGUCGAGUCAGAACAUGAUGAUGGUGUUUUUGUGGAACAGGCCAAUCUGUGUCGGUUGGUGAGGUUCCAAGCGGAUUUUAGAUUAGGUGCCACUUUUUUUUUUGCUGUGGAUUUCUGUUUUAUGUUAUUAUUAGAGUGGUUUUGGGGGUUGUGUGGGGUCUGCCGGUGAGGUGUGCCAAUUGGGUUUCCGGACAGCUGCUGUUUUUUUUUUUAUGGUCAGCACCCAUAUUUGGGAUUUUUUAUUUGAAUUUCCACGUUCGGGAGGUUAGUUUGUGGACAGACAUGGAGCUGUGGAGGCAGUGCACGUCGUGGCUGAUCCAGUGCCGGGUUCUACCCGAGAACCACAGAGUGACCUUAGCAAGCGCACAGGUCUGCGAGCUGGCCCAUGCGUUGAGAGAUGGUGUUCUUCUCUGUCAGCUACUCAACAACCUACUGCCUCAAGCCAUCAACCUGAGAGAGAUCAACCUCAGGCCACAGAUGUCCCAGUUCCUGUGUCUGAAGAACAUCCGCACCUUCCUGGGGUCAUGUCAGAACCGCUUCAGACUGAAGAAGAGCGAGCUGUUCGAGGCAUUUGACCUGUUUGAUGUGCGCGACUUUGGGAAGGUGAUCGACACCCUGUCCAUUCUGUCCCACUCCUAUGUUGCAAUUCAGGCUGGCUACAGGCCAUUCCCUGAUGAAGACUGUGUUGGUGAUGACGAUAUCUACAGUGGCCUGUCAGAUCAGAUCGAUGACACUGUAGAGGAGGAUGAUGACCUGUACGACUGUGUGGAGGAUGAGGCAGAGGAGGGGGACGAGAUCUAUGAGGACCUUAUGAGGACAGAGGAACCACCGGAUGUGCAACACAAGGUUGAAGUUGACAAGCGAAGCUGCUGCCUUCAGGAAAUAAGACAGACAGAGGAGAAAUACUCAAACACUCUGGAGUCUAUACUACAGCACUUUAUGAAGCCACUUCAAGCCUUCCUGAUGACCUGUGAAAUUGAAAGCAUAUUCAUCAAUGUAGAGGACCUAGCUGAGUUGCACCGUAGCUUACUGAGGGAGAUCCAGAUGGCCAUGAUGAGCCCUGGAGCUGAGACCCUCUACCAGGUCUUCAUCAAGUACAAGGAGAGGCUACUGUUGUACGGGCGCUACUGCAGUCAGGUGGAGUCCGCUACUAAACUCUUGGACAAGAUGGCGUCCCAGAGAGAAGACCUGAGGAUGAAGUUAGAGGAGUGCUCCAACAGGGCCAACAGCGGGAGAUUCUCCCUCAGAGACCUGCUCAUGGUCCCUAUGCAGAGAGUGCUGAAGUACCACCUGCUACUCCAGGAGCUGAUGAAACACACUGUGAACCCAGCUGACAAAGAGAACUUGCGCAACGCUCUGGACGCCAUGAAGGAUCUGGCCCAGUGUGUGAAUGAAGUUAAGAGGGACAAUGAGAUCAUGAAGCAGAUUACUUCCUUUCAGCUUUCAAUCGAAAACAUGGCCACAUCCCUUGCACUGUUUGGACGUCCAAAGAUAGACGGAGAGCUGAAAGUCUGCACUUCGGAGAAGAAGUCCAAGCAGGACAGAUAUGCAUUCCUGUUUGAUAAGGCCAUGGUGGUUUGUAAGAAGAAGUCUGGGGAGAACUUUGAGAUGAAGGACCUCAUUGAACUGCAACACUACCAGCUCAGGGAGGAGAUCUCGGAGAAGGACAACAAGAAGUGGUCCCACUCUUUCCUGUUGAUAGACUUCCAUGGUCACUUUGGUUAUGACCUGUACUUCAAGACCCGGGAGCUCAAGAAGAAAUGGAUGGAGCAGUUUGAGAUGGCCAUGUCAAACAUGAUUCCAGAGAACAGCGGUGCAAAUGGCCACGAGUUUCAGAUGCACUGUUUCGAGGACACGACCUCCUGUAAAGCCUGUCAGAUGUUGCUCAGGGGUAUAUUUUUUCAGGGCUACCGCUGCACUCGGUGUAAGAUGGCUGCCCAUAAGGAGUGUCUGGGAAGGGUUCCUUUAUGUGGAAAAAAUGCAGAAAACUCUGGAACUCUUAAAAAGAGUAAAACUGUGAAGCCUCAAAGACAACCAAAACCAGGUCUGCCUAAAAUGGAGGUAUGUGAGGAGUACUACGGUCUGCCGCCACCCCCUGUGGCUUUCGGCCAACCACUGCACCUCUCUCUGGGUGAUGUCAUCGAGCUGACACGGGCAGAGGUGGAGCUACAAUGGUGGGAGGGCAGGAAUGUGACCGCAGGUGAGAUGGGCUGGUUCCCCUGCACCAAAGUGCAGCCCUUCAGACCGACCCCUACACCUGAUCUCUCUGGGUUGCCCUGGUUCGCUGGGAACAUGGACCGUUCUGCGGCCAAGAACCUUUUGAUAUCCCGAUCGGACGGAACCUUCCUGGUCCGACAGAAAGAUGGCGGAGAGUUUGCCAUCAGCAUCAAGUUUAAUAUGGAUAUCAGACACAUCAAGAUCACGUCGUCUGAAGGCCUCUUCCGCAUCAAUGACAAGAAGGCCUUCAAGGGUGUUGUGGAAAUGGUUCAGUUUUAUCAGCAGAACUCUCUGAAGGAGUACUUCAAGGAUGUGGACACAAGGCUGGUGCUCCCUUACAAACUCCCAGAGCAGACAGGCGGCCCAGCUGCACUACCAUCCAGGCCAGACCGUUCCAGCGCUCGUUACUUCGGCACAGCGAAGGUGCGUUACGACUUCUCUGCGCGGGACCGGUCGGAGCUGUCACUGCGGGAGGGCGACACCGUCAAGAUCAUCUCCAAGAAGGCCCACAACGGCUGGUGGAAGGGAGAGGUUUACGGGCGGGUGGGACUGUUCCCAGCCAAUUACGUGGAGGAGGACAAUUCCGACUACUGCUGAUUGGACAGAUCCCUUGCCCACCCCUCACCCCCUCCAGGAAGAAAAUUCAUCCAUGGAAUAUUCCAGAUCACAUCGCUUUCAGUCAGGAGGUCAACGCCAAAACUUGUAGGGAAGUCAGUUUGAGGGGAAGUAGGCCAUGUAUUGAGUUAAAGGUCAAAGGUCAGGACUCACCUAAGCCUUGGUUUCUUGAACCCUUUGGUUUGGAUUGAACUUGGUUCUCCUAGAUAUGAAUACUCAUCUUGACUCCUGAGGAUAUAAUACUGAUUCACUAAGUUUUGGCUUACAGGACUGAGUUUCAACUUUAGUUUCAAGUGAAUCAUUUGAGUCAGCGAGCCUUGUACUGAUUCACUGUCCCAUUUCAGAAGCAUUCAUUUCAUCUUUUGGAUUUGCAGACACACUUCUGCUAACUUCCACCUGUUGGGUAUUUAGUCACAGUUUAUCUGGGCAUACCAGGUCUUUAGGGUUUUGAAUUUGACAGAAAAUGCAAAAAGAAAAAAGUAAUUUAAAAAAUGUAUCUUUUAAAUAAUGACAAAAUUAUUUUAAAAAAUGUGUGUGAAGAAUGUUGAGAGUAUACGAACGUGUCAGGGAUGUUGCUGUGUUUGUGCUGCUGUUAUGUAUAAGGAAGAGGAUCUCUCCAGUGAGGGCAAUGAACUAUUUAUGUCUUUUUUAAAAAGUAGUGUUCUGUUAACAGCAGAAGAAAAAACGAUUAAAUAAAGUCACAUUUUCAACGUC